AUGACUGAAUCAUCAAGAAGUAUAAAUCAUAAAUUGAAUGAAAUAUUAAGUAAAAAUAAUAUAAAUAAAUUAAAAUUAGAUGAAACAACUUCAAUAAAUUAUGCAAAUAUUUUAAAAACUAAUAUUUUGGGGAAAGAUAAACAAGAAAAAGUUAAUUCUAUAGUUGUAUUAGCAAAAUUAUUAGAUUGUAUUAAUUUAUCAUCAGAUUUAUUUAUUUCAAUAUUAGAUUAUGAAUUAUUUAAAACAUUAUUUUCAAUUAUAAGUAUUAAUAUGUCUUCAGAAACUUAUAAAGCUAUAUUAAAAAUUUCAGUAUUGGAUAUUUCAGGACAAAUAUUUAUAUCAAAUAAAUUAGAAAAUUAUUUACCACUUUAUGAAUCCUUAAUUGAAUAUUUAGAUGUUAUUGAUAUUAUUACAUCAAAAUUAUUUUUACAAGAUUCAAAGAUUAUUUAUAAUUCAAUAAAAUUUAUAACUGAAUUAAUUAAUCAAGCUUUAAAAUUUAAUUAUACUGGAAUUAUAACUAUUGCUGGUAGAUUAAAACAUGUUUUGUUUUUUAAUACUAUAGAUAAUUUAGAAGAUACUACUACUACUACUACAACAACUACCACCACAACUACUCCUACUACUCCUCCUACUACUACUACUACAACAACAUCAAAUAAUCAAGAUGUUGAAAAUUUAAAAAUUGCAUAUAUGAAAUUAAAUUUAUAUUUAAAUUCAAUAAAAUUUGAUUUAUCAAUAAAAGCUCAUCAAACAAUGUUAAAUAAUUUAUUCAUAUUUUUAGAAGUUUCAUUAAAUGAAUAUGGUACAUUAGCAACAACAAAAGAAUAUAUAAAAGCUGGUUUUACAGAUAAUCCAAGACAAUUUAUUAUAGAUAAUUUUACAAUAUUAUUAGCAAUGGAUUUAAAAAUUUUUUUAAAAGAUCCAAAUUUUACAUUUAAAAAAAGAUUUCAUGAAGAAUUAAUGAUGAGUGAUCAUUUAAGAACUUUUCCUUUAUCUUUAUUUAUUGAAAAAUGCUCUAAAAUGUGGAUUGAAAUAUUUGAACAAAAAGAAAUUUAUCCAUAUAUUUAUUCAUCAAUUUUAAGUUGGGAAUUAAUGAUUUAUUAUACAAUGAAUAAUUGUUUAAUAUUAUGGCAAGAAACAAAAGCUGAAUUAAAUCAAACAGAUAUCGACAAGAUUUUACAAUUAUUAAAAUCAAAUAUUGAUAUUUAUGAAUUAAAAUUAAGUCAAGGUAAAACUAUAGAACAAUGUUUAGAUAUGACAAAUUCAAAAGAAAUGAGAGAUCAUCAAAUUAAUAAAAUAAAUGAAUAUGAUUCAAAUAAAUGGAAUUCUAAAUUUAUAGAAUUUAAUAACAAUUUACAAAAAGAAGUUUUAAAAUUAGUAUCAGAACAAAGAAUUAUUCAAAUUUUAAAAGGUUCAUGGGUUUAUACUGAAUUAUUUGGUGAAUCAUUAUUUUCAAAUAAGAAAUUAAAUUCAAAUUCUUCAAAAUAUUGUUAUAUUGCAUUAUCACCAAAUAGAAAAUUAAUAUAUUAUAAAGAAUUUAUAGAAAAACCAAAAUCAAAUCCAACAAUUGAAGAAUUAGAAAUUACUGGAGGUAUUAAAGUUAUUGAUAUUCAAGAUUUAAAAUCUAUACAAAUUGGUGAAUCAAUUGGUGAAGAAGAUAAAAAGAAACAUUCAAGUUUAAUAUCUAUAAAGGGUACUAUAUCUUAUGAAAAAGUUAUUAUAUUAGGAAAAGAUCAAAAAAAACUACUAUCAUUUUAUACUGAUUCAGAAGUAAAUAGAUUUGUUUGGUUAGAUGGUAUUAAAAUGUUAAAAGGUAUUACAAAUUUAUCAGAUGAAACAAGAAUUCAAAUUGAUUCAUUAGUUGAAUUAAGAAAAAAGACUCAAUUAUUAUCAUUAGAAAAUACAGAUAAUUUAGAAGAAUCACAAGAAGAAAAAGAAGAUGAUGAUGAUGAAAAACAAUUUUAUAAUAUUGAUGAAUUAAAUGAAAUAUCUAUUGGAUUUGUAUAUACUUAA